AUGGUGUGCAUACCUGUGUCAGACGUGGAAAAGUGCGUCAGUAACUUACGCAAGGCUGGUGUUAAUCCCUAUGUACUCGAUCAGGAGUCUUCCGCCAAUAUGGUGUGCAUAUCUGUGUCACACGUGGAAAAGUGCGUCAGUAACUUACACAAGGCUGGUGUUAAUCCCUAUGUACUCGAUCAGGAGUCUUCCGCCAAUAUGGUGUGCAUACCUGUGUCACAGGUGGGAAAGUGCGUCAGUAAUUUACAUAAGGCUGAUGUUAAUCCCGAGUACUUGAUCAGGAGUCUUCCGCCAAUAUGCUCCACGCCACCCAAGCCAACACCGGCUCCAAAACCGACCAGUGGACCUAAGUCAACCACCGGGGCUAAAAUCACGAAGGGUCCAAACACCGGAAAGAAUGGCGCCCGGAAGACCAGUGGUGUGUCGGACAAUUCGAUUAAGAGUCUGAAACCGCUGACAAAAGAAUCACAAGUUAGAAGAGAGAUUCUCAGAGGAAAGCUCGACUUAGACUGCCCAUCUAAUGCCAAGGUCGUCCGUAUCUUCACCAGCAGUACAUUCACAGACUCUUCUCACGAGAGAAAUGCAUUAAUGGCCCGAGUGUAUCCUAAAUUGAAGAGCCUGUGUCAAGAGGCAGGGUACGAGUUCCAGGUCGUGGACAUGAGAUGGGGAGUACGAGACGAAGCCACUGACAAUCACAUGACCACGGAGCUGUGUCUACGAGAGGUUAAAAAUUGCCAACGAUUAUCAACUGGACCGAAUUUUGUUACGUUUUUAUCACAUAAGUAUGGCUACAGAUCAUUUCCGAGUAAAAUAGAAGCCAGGGAGUUCGAGAAAAUGUUUGGUAAAAUAGAAGGCAGUGAAGACAAGGAGCUGGUAAACAAGUGGUUUAAGAAGGACGACAACUCUGUGCCUUCAUCCUACCUCUUCCUACCUGUCAGCACGCACUUUCCGGACUUCAUUUCCAGUGACACAGACAAACGGUCAGCCGCCAAACAAGCAUGGAACGAAGAAAGCAUCAAAGUGAAGGAAAUAGUUGUAAACAUUGCUGAAAAGGUGCUACCACCGAAUGACCGGAACAAGUACAUGAUAUCAGUGACCGAAGCGGAGAUAAAGGCGGGGAUUCUGUCAGCUGAUGACGUGAACAACCAUUGUGUCUGGUUUAAGCGACUUAUACCGGAAAUAGAAGACAAGGAAAAAUCGGACCUGUUGACAAAGUAUAUUGAUUUUUCGUCGUCAGAGAGGGAGCAGACUCAGAAAAGAGUUCUGCUGAAAGAACUAGCGCAGAAGAAACUACCGGCUGUGUUAGGGGCAUCUCAGAUCCACAGCCAUGUUGUUCACUGGACGGAGAAAGGUAUUGACCCCGAAGGCAAUGAAGAUCAUAAGAAAUACAUCGAUGAUCUUUGUGAGGACUUUGACAAGACAAUUACGGAUAUGAUCACGACUGGAAUAGACGAGAGGAACAAGCACGCUAUAGCUGAUGAUCUGUAUGAAGAAGUUCUGCAGCACACGCGGUUUGCACAGGCUAAAUGCCGAAGUUUCCAUGGCAGGGACGAGAUGCUGGAGACAAUCAAGGCUUACAUAUUGGGAACGAGUCGCUCACCUCUGGUUGUACACGGAUCAUCUGGAAGCGGGAAGACGUCAGUAAUGGCCAAGGCUGCCAUGUCGGCUAAAUCUUGGGUGGACGGGGGGAGCAAAGGCGUGAUCAUCCUGAGAUUUCUGGGCACUACACCAGACAGCACGGAUAUUACAAGUCUACUCACAAGCAUCAUCAAACAGGUUCUGGCUCUGGCUAAGAUAACCAACGACAUUCCAACGGAAUUGAAGGACAUCGUGGAGUUAUUUCACAAGACGUUGUCCAGUCUUCCACCUGGAAGCACACUCGUCUUGUUUCUCGACUCUCUUGACCAGCUGGAUCCGAGCCACGGGGCCCGACAGCUUAGCUGGCUACCCAGACAUCUUCCUCCCCAUGUCAAAAUCGUGGUGUCAACUCUCCCAGAGCCGAUCUACGAAUGCUUCCCAAGAUUGCAGGUGACUGUGAAGGACACAAAGCAGUUCCUGGAGGUGCCGACCCUACCUGACAAGGACGUGAGCAGUAUUCUGGACAGCUGGCUCACACUGGAGAACCGCCGACUGACCACUGACCAGAAGACGGCCGUGCUGGAUGCCUUCAAACACUGCCCAAUACCGUUAUUUCUCAAGUUGUCAUUUGACGAAGCCUGCAGAUGGAAAUCGUUUGAACGGCCUGAAGACGCCGUGCUUCAAACCACGGUCAGGGCUGCCAUCAACAGUCUGUUUGACCGGGUAGAGAUGCUGCAUGGCAAGGUCUUUGUGUCAAGAGCUUUAACUCUGCUCACACUCUCUGUGAGCGGACUUACAGAGAGCGAGCUGGAGGACAUCUUGUCAUGCGAUGAGGAGGUGUUGAAUGAUGUGUACCAGUAUUGGCUGCCUCCUGUCCGACGGUUACCUCCCCUUCUGCUUGUGCGGAUGAAGGCGGACCUAGGAGAAUACCUUGUGGAUCGGGGUGCGGACGGGGUACGAGUGUUCUACUGGUAUCAUCGUCAGUUUAUAGAGACGGCUACAGACAGAUACUGUUCAGACGAGCAGGUCAACACGAAAGUACACACCCUGCUGGCGGACUACUUCCGGGGAACGUGGAAUGGUGCAGCUAAGUCCUUCACGGACAGCACAGGUCAGGAUGGGGAAGCAGACCGCUUUGUGGCCGCUCAGCCCCUCAGCUUUGGGAGCAAUCCGAACAUGAGGAAACUGAACAAUCUACCCCAUCAUCUGAUCUGUGCCAAUAUGUUGAGUGUCCUGAAACAAGACGUCUGCCUCAACAUGGAGUUUCUGUUAGCCAAGUUAAAGGCCUCUUCUCUCAGAUUUGUACUCGACGAUUUUGAGGAAGCGAGGCAAACAUUUCCGGAUGACGAGGACAUCAACCUGGUCCUAGAAGCCCUGAGGUUGUCCCAAGAUGCACUGCUGUAUGAUCCAAAGGAGUUGCCAUGCCAACUGCUGGGCCGACUUCCUGCAGAGAAAGAGCAUAUUUUUGGCGAUGUGUCCAAUUUUCCCUGUCAGUAUGUAAUGCCAGAUGUGAAGAUACUGACUGCCCCUGGAGGACAGUUAAUUCAUUGUCUCGCUGGCCACAGACAGUCCAUAAGCUGUGUGGACAUCAGUUCGGAUGGAUGCGUAGCUGUCACCGCAUCUGCCGACAAAUCCGUCCGCUUUUGGAACGUACGAGACGGUAAACUACUCCAAGCGGUGGAGAACGUGGUGGAAGAUCCAGAGCGAGUUCAUAUAUGUGGUGGUGACAAAAUUGCUGUGGUUAACUCGGAAAAAUACCUCCUGGGCCUCCGAAUGACCUCGGGGGAUUGGGCCUACAAAAUCGACAAUCUCCAGGGUGAUAAUAUGAUGAACUUUGUUGUCUGUGGGAAAGACAAAAGCAUCCUGGUCGUCUUCGGAGAGACUACUGUGUACCUUCUAGACGCCAUCACAGGCAAACAGCGAGCCCAAGUUACUCCCAAUUCACCCAUGGGAUCGGAUCAUUUUAAUGCCUAUGAUCCGAUAUCAGGUAAUGACCUCUGGUACUUCCACACCAUUCCUAUCCUCACAACAUUCCUGCCCAGAGGACGGUAUGUCGCCACGGCGCCUUCCAACUCUGCCAUUUUGAGAGUUCUUGACGUCGUGAAAGAAGAGUUUAUCCACAACAAGCGGAUGUUCCCGGCACCGAAAACAGACGAUGAUGACGAAUUAACAAUCGACGCCGUGGCCAUAUCAUCGGAUAAAAAGUCCAUUUACGUCUCCAAUUACAUGGACAAUGACAUUCAUAUCUGCCAUCUGAAAACCAUGGCCAAACUACGUGUCUUGAAAGGGAAGAAGUCUGAUAAUUGUGAAAAAUUUCACGUUUCCCUGGAUGGCACAACUCUAUAUUUCCCGAAUUACAACACGAUGUGUUACGUCGAUCUAAAAACCGGCCAAAGGACAAGUCAUAUCAAGCACCCUAACUCCGUGACGGACGUGGCUACGGUCGACUUGACGAACGUGGUCAGUAUAUCCAGUGAUAGCGUUCUGCGGGUGUGGGACCUGUCAAGAGAAGACCCGCAAGCUAAACCCAAGGUCGUGAGCGAGGCCAAAGAGGGCCGUGUGAAGAGUGCCCGCAGACGACACAACAAGGAGGAAGAUAUCAAAGAAGAGACCAACGAUGGUGACCAACAUAAGGAGGAGAAAUUCACCUUCAGGCCGUCCAAGUUUUCCUCUAUACACGUCUACAACAAAGUGAUGUACGAUUUCAGGAUGAUAGAGAGGUUGCCAAAUCCUCGUUACAUUUUCGUCCUCAACAGUCGAAGGGAGAUGCAAAUCUAUGACUUGGUCAAAAAGGUGUAUGUGAGAUCCGCCAAGGUUAAUGACGAACCGGUGAAGAAUGUCAAAUGGCACGUGAUUGACCAGAAGAUGGCAGUGGUUUUGACGGAUGAUCGCCAACUACAGCUCAUUGACUUAGACCGGAUGGAGCCGAUCAGGAUGCUGCAGGGCUACCUUCCCAAGUACAAUUCGGAGAUUGUCGUUCGGAAACAGGCCAAAGAAAUCAUUACAACCACCAGGGGACGUAAACAACUCAAAAUUUACAACAUGGACACCGGAUUGACGGUGAAGAUCAUGGAGACCAACCAAACAAAACCUGUCGAGGAUCUUUUGAUGAGCAAGGACGGCAACUGGCUGGCUGUUACGCUCGACGAAGGUCCGUUGUUAAUCUACAACCUAGCGGAGCGGCAAUGUCGUCACGUGCUCAAGGAAGCCAUGGUCGGCGAGUACCCGUCCCUGUCAGACGCCUUGUUUACUCCAUGCAGUACCUUCUUCCUGAUAAACUGUAGCCGUUCUUAUCCGCACGAGGCUGACGUAGACGAGUAUUAUUACGUAGUAAUUAAUAUAGAGACAGGGGAAAUUGUCAACCAUUUACUGGACAUCGAAUACUUGAAGAAGUACAAGGAGAAGGAGAAUGACUGUAGUGUGGAUGUUCAAUGUAGUGCGUACUUACGGGACUUCUUACUCCUCACAGGCAGUGACGACAGAUUGAUACGAGUGUGGGAUGUCAAGUUGGGUAAAAUCCUCCAUCGGUUGUCCGGUCACAGCCAUGAUGUCUCCACGCUUAUGGCUGCCGAGAACGGGGGUAGAUUUCUCAGCUACUCCAGUUACACCGAGGAAGAAGCUUUUAGACUCUGGGACGGUCACAACUUUACCUGUUUGGCUACAUUCAAGGCAGAUGAUGACAUGACCCGAAUCUGUUUAACUCUGGACGGAAGUCGCGUAGUGGCGGGGAACGCGGCCAAAAAGGCUUUGGUGAUCUGGCAGCUGAUGGGGUCGGGCACCGAGGCUGAGGAUGUUACGGGAGAGGAAGAGUUCGAAGGCGAGAUGACGUCUUUGACUUUCACUCCCCUCGGUUCUGUAACCUUUGAAGAGCCUGACCCCGACACCGAGGUCGCCGAAGUGUCGGAUGACGAAGACAAUUCGACAGAUGAUGAUGACGAUCUAGACAAAGAAUUAGAAAAAAUGAACUUUGAUGAUUUAGAUCUCGAUAAGGAGCUCAGUGACUUGAACUUCAGUGACUCAGACGAUGACACCAUGGACAAAACGAAUACAAUACCAUCUGCAACAGGUAAGAAAAACUGA